ACAUCACCCGUUCCGAACGAUGGCGUCCACCUUUGUCGGUGCCCCCACCGCUCUGCGUGCGCAGGUCGCGCCCCGCCGCGGCUCCCGCUCAACCCGCGCGCUCACCCGCGCCGAUGCCGCCGCGCAGGCCAGCCUCGCGGUGACCCCCGCCACGGUCGGCUCCCGCUCGGGUUCCGCGUCCGUCAAGGGCACCGUGCGCAAGCAGAACGAGGAUCGCUUCGCCUCCUACACCAACCCCAACGCGAAGGACGGCUCCCCUUACGCCAUUUACUCCGUGUUCGACGGCCACGGCGGCUUCGCCGUGUCCGAGUGGCUCAAGCAGAACCUCGCCGGCCUCAUCGUGGAGGAGUGGCCCAAGGCUGACUUCUGCCUCGAGGCGCUCUCGCAGGCGUGCCUCCGCGCCGACUACGAUCUCAUCCAGCCCCCGCCGGGCUUCUUCGGCGCGUUCGGCGAGCGCGGCGUCGGCGGCGCCAAGUGCGGCUCCACCGCGGUCAUCGCCACCCUCUUCGAGCAGGGCGGGAAGCCCACGCUCGCCACGGCCAACGUCGGCGACGCUCGCAUCCUCCUCGUCCGCGACGGCAAGGCUGUGCAGCUGUCCGUGGACCACGUCCCCGACGACGAGGCCGAGCGCAAGAGGAUCGACCGCGGUAACCCCAACCUGAGGAAGUCCCUGGUGACGUUCACGGAGGGGAGCUGGCGCGUGGGCGGCGUCCUCGCGCUCUCCCGCGCCUUUGGCGACGCGUUCCUCAAGGAGUCUGGACGCUUCGAGGGCCUCGGCGAGCGCAACGCGGACUACGGCUCCGGGUUUGGGCUCAACGCCGAGCCCGACUGCUACAUCGAGCAGCUCACCCCGACGGACAGCUGGGUCAUGCUCUCCUCCGACGGGCUCUUCGCCAACGACGAACGCGGCGGCGGCGGCGGCUUCGAGAACCAGGAGAUUGCCGACUUUCUCCUCGCCGCCCCGGCGGACGCGUCCCCGGAGAGCCUCGCGAAGGAGCUGUGCAGCAUGGCCGUGUCCAAGGGCAGCACCGACGACAUCACGGUGACCCUCAUGCGACUUUAAAAUGUGGGAGAAGAGGAGAGAAUCAAGGGAGAGGGUGGGGGGGAAAUUUCUGGUGCCGAGCGCCCGACGGUGUGUUUCGGGCGCGAGUCGCGCCGUCGUAUCACGCGAAGUUAGUCCAAAGGCACGCGCGCCGUGGGUACUUCGCGACAUUGUUUCAUAAUAUCAUCGCAGCCAAUCGAU